AUGCCGUCCCCUUCGGCAGUUGUUCCUGGGGUUGGCAUCCAAGCCUUGAUUCUGUGCGGCCCUGGAGUCUCCCUUAACACCUUCACCACCAACGAGGAAUACCCGAAAGCAUUGAUUCCCUUGGCCAAUCGGCCGCUGAUCUAUUACCAGCUAUCAUGGCUGAAAAAAUCCGGCAUUACCGAUAUCACAUUGAUUACACCUCCCUCGACCGCCGCUCCUCUUCAGGCCGCACUACAACAAAACCCUCAUCUUACCUCUCUACCGUCUCCAUCGCCGUCUGUCCUUGCGCCGAAAGAUCUCGAUCUAAACAUGGGAACCGCAGAGCUCCUCCGUUUGCCUGAGGUGCAAGCCUGCAUCAAAACCGACUUCCUUUUGCUUCCCUGCGACUUGGUGUGCGAAAUUCCCGGCGAGUCGCUUCUCGAAGCUUGGAUGGUCUCCCAAAGUGCGCUAGGAGGCUCCUCUACCGUCUCUGAGGGACGAAAUGCUCACGGACCAACUUCUUCCGGGUCUGGUGGCGAGAAGGGAGGUCGGCGCGGUGGUCUGACUGUAUUCUACCAAACGCAAAACCGUGAAGAAUCGGUCAAGGGCGAAGGCACCGAUUUUGUGGCCAUCGCACCUCUCGACAAUGACGAGGCACCGGCGGUGUCGCAUGCCGUCGACGGCCCUGCAGCUCUGAGACACAACUUGUCCAAGGUUGUACUGUCGAUGCCCAUGGCAACCGUCAAGGAGAAGAUGGAACAGGACAAAGGCCUGCUUCUUCGGCAUUCGCUCACGGAGAAGCACCCUCGUGUUAAGAUGCUCAGCACUUUCCGGGAUGCUCACCUUUAUAUCUUCCCUUACUGGGUCAAAGAAUUGGCCCUUCGUCAAGAAACGUUCCAGUCCGUCAGCGAAGACUUGGUUGGCUUCUGGGCCAAGGCUGAGUGGCAGCGGGGACUUGGCGAGAAGUUGGGGAUGGAUGAGAUCUUCCAUCGGGAAAAUGGUGCUCACGCAGAGAGUGGCAGCUACGAUGGUGAAUCAAUAGAAGAGGAGAUCGAUCUUCUCGCCAUGUCCACCACCAGCUCAAGGCCAAACAUCAGCGCAACCCGACCCACCCCAACCUCCUCCUUCGCGUCCCGAGUUUCCAACGUCUCGAGUGACGCCGAAAAGCCAGAGCUGAAGAUCCCCCCUCUCUUGGCUUACGUGCAGCGCGGAUCUGCACCGUUCGUUCGCCGUGUUGAUAGCAGUGCAAUUCUGCUUUCUACGGCUCUUCGUCUGGCCAAGCUCGAGUCGAUCGAAGAAGCCGGCGCGGCCGCUUCACCCUUUGCCCUCCCUCAAAAGAUUGCACACCCCGAGGGGAUUGCCCAGCGCACUACCAUCACCAAGUCUGACUGCCUGGUCGGUCAAAACACCACCGUCGAGUCAAAGUGUGUGAUCAAGGAGAGUGUGAUCGGUGCGAACGUGAAGAUCUGCUCGGGUGCGCGUUUGCAGAGGUGUUUGAUCAUGGACGGCGCCGUGGUCAACAGCUCUUGCACACUUACCGGCUGUAUCGUCGGCCGCAGAGCCGUUAUUGGCAAAGACUCUGUCCUCAAAGACAGCGAAGUCGGCGAUGGAUAUCUCGUCGAGGAAGAGACCGAUGCCAAAAAUGAAAAGUUCAUGAUCUUUGAGGGUCUCGAGGAUGAUGAGGAUAUGGGUAGCUCUGGGGAUUUUGAUGGAGAGGAUGAGCUGGGAUUCUAA